AUGAUUGACACCGGGCUCAAUUUUAAGCAGAAAGCUGUGCACGUGGCUAUGAAGGCGUCAACGGUGGGAUCACUCCUUUCAAGGUUGAUGCCCAACGUGGGAGGCCCCAAGCAGACGAGAAGAGCACUUCUGACAUCUGUAACCAUGUCAGUCCUUAUGUAUGACAUUGUCAUCUGGGCUGAUGCACUGUCAUUGCAGGAGUCACGGCGAAGAAUGAGUCCGGUCUAUCGACUGAGUGUAUUACGUGUAGCCUGCGCAUUUCGCACGGUUUCCGAUGAUGCUGUGUGUGUCAUAGCCGGAAUGAUACCGAUAGGGAUACUAGCGCAGGUACGAAGAUCCCUGUACCAGCAGAAAGGGUCGGCCUCACUGAGGCCAGCCGAGCUGAAGGCUGAAGAGAGACGUAAGAGCAUGGAGAAAUGA